GGGGUGAUGGAAAAUGGUGAAGAAAUAGCAGUGAAGAAGCUGGCACCUGGUUCCACACAAGGCAGAGAAGAGUUCUCAACUGAAGUCAGACUAUUAUUGAAGCUACAACACAGAAAUCUUGUACGGCUGUUCGGGUGUUGUGUUGAAGGAGAAAAUAUGAUGUUAGUUUACGAAUACCUACACAACAAGAGUCUUGACCGCCUCAUCUUUGAUAAGAGCAAAAGUGCAUUGCUAGACUGGACAAAGCGUUACAACAUCAUAAUUGGUGUGGCACGGGGGCUUCUUUAUCUUCAUGAAGAUUCACAACUUAGAAUCAUACAUAGAGAUAUCAAAGCAAGCAACAUCUUACUUGAUGGAUUGAUGAAUGCAAAAAUAUCAGAUUUUGGUCUGGCGAAGCUAAUUAACGACGAACAAACCCAUCAUAGAACACAGCGGAUUGUGGGAACAUUUGGUUAUAUGGCUCCAGAAUAUGCAAGCAGAGGCUUCAUGUCUUCCAAGAUUGAUGUCUUCAGCUUUGGUGUGUUGAUAUUAGAAAUCAUAAGUGGAAGAAAGAAUUAUGACAUGGAAUUUGAUGAGCAAGACUGGGAGCUCCUGAAACUUGCAUGGAGACUAGAAGAAGAAGGGCGGCUAACAGAUUUGGUAGAUGUCACUAUUGGUUCUUUCCCUCUAGAUCAUGUAUUGAAAUGCAUUCGCAUUGGGUUAUUGUGCUGUCAACGAUCUAUACGAGCUCGGCCAACCAUGUCUUCUACAAUUUUAAUGCUCUUAAAUGAUUCAGCAACAAUGUCAAAUGGAGGAACGCAUGACUACCAGAAUAUAAGUGACCGUGUCAGCCCACACAACAACAGCAAUGCCCCUGCAAACCCGGAAAAUGGGUCUUUCUCUAUGAAUUCUAUUACUUUUUCAUCAGCAAAUGGUAGGUAA